UAACAUUGCAGAAGCCUGCAAGAGAGAGGACUGCAAGUUCGAAUUAUUCUUCUUCCUUGUAUCAUUGCUUUUAUAAUCCUCAGUACCUCUUUUGGACUCAUUACCCUCUCUCUCUCUCUCUUCAACUUUCACCAUUUUUUAAUAUCUCUCUCUUCAUAGCCUGUGCUGCUACAAGAACAAGGGUGUAAUGUAGGAGAGAGAAGAAGUAAGAGGAAUACAAGAGAAGGCAGAGCCCUUUUUUUUACACGUGAUAAAGAAAACACCAAAAGCUCUUUUGCAUGCGUGUAUAAGAUUCAUCACCACUACCACAAUCAUCUUCUCCCUUUAUCUUCCGUUUUCCCUUCUCCGUCUUUCUAAAUUCUCAAUCUUUCCGAUCACCCCUACACCAGUUUUCACGUUGCUACUACUUCCUUAGUUAGCCAUAAGGCCUUCUUUGCUAGCAUAGAGAAAGAGGCAAUUGGCACUGCUUUGCUGUUAUAAGCAAAGACUAAACGUCAAAAACUGGUCAUCUUUGACAAAGUGUGUAUCUUCUUUUGUGUAUCCAUUGGCCACCACUCAGCACAAAAGGUGAACAUGCCAGUGAGACAGAUGAGGGAGAGCUCAGAGCAACAUCUUGUUAUCAAGCCCCAUUUGCAGAACCCCAUGAAUGGAGCUAAGAAGGUUCCUAGAGCUGUUCAAAAUGGCAAAGGUCCACCACCGCCACUGCCACAAGAACCCCACAACCAAACAUCAUCUCAUGCUAGGAACAAGGGGAGAAGAAGGGGCAGGGGUGGCAGAAAAUGUGACCAAGGGGAUGUUUUGAUGAGACCUAUUGUGACAAGUGGUGUUGAAAAUGGAAGCACCAUGUGUGGUGAAAUAGAGAUGGGAUACCCUACAUCAAGCAAGUCUUUGACCUUUGCUCCUAGGCCUGGCUUUGGACAAGUUGGAACAAAGUGCAUUGUGAAGGGUAACCAUUUCUUUGCAGAGUUACCAGACAAGGACUUAAACCAGUAUGAUGUCAGUAUCACCCCUGAAGUCUCUUCCAAAGCUGUGAACAGGUCCAUAAUAGCAGAACUCGUGAGGCUGUAUAAAGAGUCUGACCUUGGGAUGAGGCUUCCAGCAUAUGAUGGCAGAAAAAGUCUGUACACAGCAGGGCCACUUCCCUUUUCCUGGAGAGAGUUUAAGAUAAAGGUUGUGGAUGAUGAGGAUGGAGUUAAUGGCCCCAAAAGAGAAAGAGAAUAUAGAGUGGUGAUCAAGUUUGUUGCUAGGGCGAAUUUGCAUCACUUGGGCCAGUUUCUGGCUGGUAAACGUGCUGAUGCACCACAAGAGGCACUCCAAAUUCUUGACAUUGUAUUAAGAGAGCUAUCAUCUAAGAGGUUCUGUCCAAUUGGUAGAUCAUUCUUUUCACCGGAUAUUAGAACACCCCAACGGCUUGGGGAAGGUUUGGAGUCUUGGUGUGGAUUUUACCAAAGCAUAAGGCCCACUCAGAUGGGUCUUUCCCUCAAUAUUGAUAUGGCUUCUGCUGCGUUCAUUGAACCUCUUCCAGUCGUGGAAUAUGUUGGCCAGCUAUUGGGAAAAGAUAUCCUGUCAAGGCAAUUGUCUGACGCUGAUCGCAUCAAAAUUAAGAAAGCUCUUAGAGGAGUUAAAGUUGAAGUAACCCACAGAGGGAGUGUCAGAAGAAAGUACCGAGUUUCUGGUUUGACUUCUCAACCGACCAGAGAACUUGUGUUUCCUGUUGAUGAGAACUCAACUAUGAAGUCAGUAGUUGAAUAUUUUCAAGAGAUGUAUGGUUUCACAAUUAAAUAUACUCACCUUCCUUGCCUUCAAGUAGGAAAUCAAAAGAAAGCAAAUUAUUUGCCAAUGGAGGCCUGCAAAAUUGUUGAGGGACAACGCUACACAAAAAGGUUGAAUGAGAAGCAAAUCACCGCUCUCCUGAAAGUUACUUGUCAAAGACCCCGUGAUCGUGAAAGUGACAUUUUGCGGACCAUUCAGCACAAUGCUUAUGAUCAAGAUCCUUAUGCAAAGGAAUUUGGGAUUAAAAUAAGUGAGAAGCUAGCUUCGGUAGAAGCGAGAAUUCUUCCUGCCCCAUGGCUUAAAUAUCAUGAAAGUGGGAAAGAAAAGAAUUGUUUGCCCCAAGUUGGUCAAUGGAAUAUGAUGAACAAGAAAAUGAUAAAUGGGAUGACUGUCAGCCGGUGGGCAUGCAUAAAUUUUUCACGAAGUGUACAAGACACUGUUGCUCUCUCUUUUUGUACCGAACUAGCUCAAAUGUGCCAAGUAUCUGGCAUGGAAUUUAAUCCAGAGCCUGUUAUCCCCAUCUACAAUGCCAAACCUGAGCAUGUGGAGAAAGCUUUAAAGCAUGUUUAUCAUGUGUCAUCAAACAAAACCAAAGGAAAGGAAUUGGAGCUUUUAUUAGCAAUAUUACCUGACAACAACGGUUCUCUCUACGGUGAUCUAAAGCGUAUUUGUGAAACUGACCUUGGUUUAAUUUCUCAAUGUUGUCUGACGAAGCAUGUCUUCAAGAUCACUAAGCAGUACCUGGCUAAUGUGUCUUUGAAAAUCAAUGUCAAGAUGGGAGGUAGAAACACUGUUUUGGUUGAUGCUGUAAGUUGUAGAAUACCAUUGGUUAGUGACAUACCAACUAUAAUAUUUGGAGCAGAUGUUACUCACCCUGAAAAUGGGGAAGACUCCAGCCCUUCAAUUGCAGCUGUAGUAGCAUCUCAAGACUGGCCUGAAGUGACAAAAUAUGCCGGUUUAGUGUGUGCUCAGGCUCAUAGGCAGGAACUUAUACAAGACUUGUACAAAAUGUGGCAUGACCCUGUUCGUGGCUUAGUUAGUGGUGGCAUGAUCCGAGAUUUGUUGAUUUCCUUUAGAAAGGCAACAGGACAAAAGCCUCUAAGGAUUAUAUUUUAUAGGGAUGGUGUAAGUGAAGGACAAUUUUACCAAGUUCUACUCUACGAGUUGGAUGCAAUUCGGAAGGCAUGUGCUUCUUUAGAACCAAACUAUCAACCUCCAGUAACUUUCAUAGUUGUACAAAAAAGACACCAUACUCGGUUGUUUGCAAACAACCACAGGGACAGAAACAGUACAGAUAAGAGUGGAAAUAUAUUGCCUGGGACUGUUGUGGAUUCUAAAAUCUGUCAUCCAACAGAAUUUGAUUUUUAUCUCUGCAGUCAUGCCGGUAUCCAGGGUACAAGUCGUCCUGCUCAUUAUCAUGUUCUUUGGGACGAAAACAACUUUACAGCAGAUGGAAUCCAAUCUUUGACAAACAAUCUAUGUUAUACAUAUGCAAGGUGUACACGCUCAGUGUCUGUUGUUCCUCCUGCAUAUUACGCACACUUAGCUGCAUUUCGAGCACGGUUCUACAUGGAACCAGACAUGCAAGAAAAUGGCUCCUCAGGAGGUGGUGGUGGUGGAGAGUGCGGCGUGGUGAAGCCGUUGCCAGCCUUGAAAGAAAAUGUGAAGAGAGUAAUGUUUUACUGUUAGAUUGUGCAGUUGUUAGCAGAUGCAUAAAAUGUUUCAUGCGACAAUGUUUUCCCAUAGUGUUCAAAGAAUUAGGCAUCGGAAACGAAGUUCAUGAAUCUAUCUUUAUUGUAGAAUUUUUUGCCUAAAGGGGCAUUGUAGAUGUUGCAAUAGUAGAAAAUUUUCCAUUCCUCA